CUGCAGUGUUCUAAGAACGGAGGCAUCUAGGCUGAAUGGAAUUCAGCAUCAAAAAAAGUCCUCUUUCUGUUCCGAAGGUUGUAAAGUGCGUGAAGAUGAAGCAGGCACCGGAGAUCCUUGGCAACACGAACGGAAAGACUCCGAGCUGUGAAGUGAGUCGUGAGUGCUCCGUGUUUCUGAGCAAAGCCCAGCUCUCCGCCGGUCUGCAGGAGGGAGUUGUGCAGAAGUUCAAUGGCCAUGACGCUUUUCCUUUUCCCCCAGCCGAGAGGCUGAAAGACCUCACCUCCCGCGUCUUUAAUGGAGACCCCGGUGCUCAUGAUGCCAAAUUGCGUUUGGAGUCCCAGGAAAUGAAGGGACUUGGGACACCCCCUGACACUACCCCUGUCAAAAAUGGCUCUCCAGAGAUCAAGCUGAAAAUCACCAAAACAUACAUGAACGGGAAACCUCUCUUUGAGUCCUCCAUAUGUGGCGAUGGUGCUGCCACCGUGUCCCAGUCGGAAGACGAUGGACAGAGACCAGCGAGCAAAGCGCGGCGGACCAGGAAGAGGAGCGCGAAGCUGCUGCUGGGGCGGGGCCUCGCGGAGGCGGCCCUGGCGUCCCGGGCCUCGAGCCCCUCGGCCGAAAAGAUUCCAGCUAAGAAAGAAUCCUGUCCACAUAGCAGCAGAGACAAAGACCAGCCAUUGAAGUACAAAGUCGGGGACCUGGUGUGGUCCAAGGUGUCCGGCUACCCCUGGUGGCCAUGCAUGGUCUCCGAUGAUCCGCUCCUGCACAGCUACACCAAACUGAAAGGUCAGAAAAAGAGUGCACGCCAGUAUCACGUACAGUUCUUUGGUGAUGCCCCGGAAAGAGCUUGGAUAUUUGAGAAGAGCCUUGCAGCUUUCGAAGGAGAAGGGCAGUUUGAAAAAUUAUGCCAGGAGAGCGCCAAGCAGGCGCCCACGAAAGCUGAGAAACUUAAGCUGUUGAAACCUAUUUCAGGGAAGUUGAGGGCCCAGUGGGCGAUGGGCAUCGUCCAGGCAGAAGCAGCUGCGAGCAUGUCAGUAGAGGAGAGGAAAGCCAAGUUCACCUUCCUUUACGUGGGGGACCAGCUCCAUCUCAACCCCCACGUGGCCAGGGAGGCAGGCGUUGCUGUGGAGUCUCUGGGAGAGACGGUGGUAGGGUCCUCAGGAGCCAGGGAAGAAGCUGCCGACAGCCCGAAGUCCACGAGGGAAGAGGGCGUUCCUGUCAAGAGGAGACGGGGAGCCCAGCUGUGCUGCUCUGCUGAGAGCCAGGGCAGUGGCCCGGGGACGGUCCAGCACACUCCCCAGAAGGUGGCGGAGGCCGAGCCCAAGCGAGGAGUGGGGUCUCCUCCGGGGAGGAAGAAGGCCGUGGCCUCCACUCCGAGAAGCAGGAAGGGCGACGCGGCCUCCCAGUUUCUGGUCUUCUGUCAAAAGCACAGGGACGAGGUUGUCGCUGAGCACCCGGACGCCUCUGCCGAGGAGAUCGAAGAGCUGCUUGGAUCCCAGUGGAACAUGCUCACCGAGAAGCAGAAAGCGCGCUAUCACACCAAGUUUGCCCUCGCGGCCCCGCCCCCGCCUGAAGAAGACUCCGGUAACUUAAAUGGGAAAAAAAGAAACCACACGAAGAGGACACAGGACCCUAUAGAAGAUGCUGAAGUUGAGGACGCUCCCAGGAAGAGACUCAGGACCGACAGGCACAGUCUUCGGAAGAGAGAGACGUUCACAGACAAAACAUCCCGCACAGGCUCUUGCAAGGCCAUCGAGGCAGCCUCCUCGCUCAAGAGCCAGGCAGCCACAAAACACCUGUCUGACGCCUGCAAACCCCUGAAGAAGCGGCACCGGGUCCCCGCAGCGGCGUCUGCGUCGCUCGCCUUUAGCAAAAGCUCCUCUCCUUCUGCAUCCUUAACUGAGAAUGAGGUCUCGGAUGGCCCCGGAGACGAGCCCCCGGAGUCCCCAGAUGAGAGUGCGGACGAAACCCAGACCGAAGUGUCCGUCUCGUCUAAAAGGUCUGAACGAGGAGUGACCGCCAAGAAGGAGCACGUGUGUCAGCUGUGCGAGAAGCCGGGCAGCCUGGUGCUGUGCGAGGGCCCCUGCUGCGGCGCCUUCCACCUGGCCUGCCUGGGCCUCUCCCGGAGGCCGGAGGGGAGGUUCACGUGCAGCGAGUGCACCUCAGGGAUUCACUCGUGUUUCGUGUGUAAGGAGAGCAAGACCGACGUCAAGCGCUGCGUCGUGUCACAGUGCGGGAAGUUCUACCACGAGGCCUGCGUGCGCAAGUUCCCGCUGACGGUGUUCGAGAGCCGGGGCUUCCGCUGCCCUCUGCACAGCUGCCUGAGCUGCCAUGCUUCCAACCCCUCGAACCCAAGGCCGUCGAAAGGUAAAAUGAUGCGGUGUGUCCGAUGCCCGGUCGCCUACCAUGGUGGGGACGCGUGUCUGGCGGCGGGCUGCUCGGUGAUCGCGUCCAACAGCGUCAUCUGCACGAAUCACUUCACCGCCCGGAAGGGCAAGAGGCAUCACGCCCAUGUCAACGUGAGCUGGUGCUUUGUGUGCUCCAAAGGGGGAAGCCUGCUGUGCUGCGAGUCCUGCCCGGCGGCCUUCCACCCCGACUGCCUGAACAUCGAGAUGCCCGACGGCAGCUGGUUCUGCAACGACUGCAGGGCCGGGAAGAAACUGCACUUCCAGGACAUCAUCUGGGUGAAGCUGGGGAACUACAGAUGGUGGCCGGCAGAAGUUUGCCAUCCCAAAAAUGUUCCCCCAAAUAUUCAGAAAAUGAAGCACGAGAUUGGAGAAUUCCCUGUGUUUUUCUUUGGGUCUAAAGAUUAUUACUGGACGCAUCAGGCGCGAGUGUUCCCGUACAUGGAGGGGGACCGGGGCAGCCGCUACCAGGGGGUCAGCGGGGUCGGAAGAGUCUUCAAAAACGCACUGCAAGAAGCCGAAGCUCGUUUCCGUGAAAUCAAACUUCAAAGGGAAGCCCGAGAAACGCAGGAGAGCGCGCGCAGGCCCCCACCCUACAAGCACAUCAAGGUGAACAAGCCUUACGGGAAAGUGCAGAUCCACACGGCGGACAUCUCCGAGAUCCCCAAGUGCAACUGCAAGCCCACCGACGAGAACCCCUGUGGCUCCGACUCGGAGUGUCUGAACCGCAUGCUGAUGUUUGAGUGCCACCCGCAGGUGUGCCCCGCGGGCGAGUUCUGCCAGAAUCAGUGUUUCACCAAACGCCAGUACCCCGAGACCAAGAUCAUCAAGACGGACGGCAAAGGCUGGGGCCUGGUGGCCAAGAGGGACAUCAGGAAGGGAGAGUUUGUGAAUGAGUACGUGGGGGAGCUCAUCGACGAGGAGGAGUGCAUGGCAAGGAUCCGGCGUGCACACGAGAACGACAUCACCCACUUCUACUUGCUCACCAUAGACAAGGACCGUAUAAUCGACGCCGGCCCCAAAGGAAACUAUUCCCGGUUCAUGAAUCACAGCUGCCAGCCCAACUGUGAGACCCUCAAGUGGACAGUGAACGGUGACACUCGCGUGGGCCUGUUUGCCGUGUGUGACAUUCCUGCAGGGACAGAGCUGACCUUCAACUACAACCUCGACUGUCUGGGCAACGAGAAAACAGUCUGUCGGUGCGGGGCCUCCAACUGCAGCGGGUUCCUCGGGGACAGGCCCAAGACCUCAGCAUCCCUUUCCUCGGAGGAAAAGGGCAAAAAGGCCAAGAAAAAAACCAGGAGGCGUCGAACGAAAGGCGAAGGGAAGAAGCCGUCUGAGGACGAGUGCUUCCGCUGCGGUGACGGCGGGCAGCUGGUGCUGUGCGACCGCAAGUCCUGCACCAAGGCCUACCACCUGCCCUGCCUGGGCCUGGGCAAGCGGCCCUUCGGGAAGUGGGAAUGUCCUUGGCAUCACUGUGACGUGUGUGGGAAACCUUCCACUUCAUUUUGCCACUUUUGCCCCAAUUCGUUUUGCAAGGAACACCAGGACGGGGCAGCCUUCAGCUCCACCCAGGACGGGCGGCCGUACUGCGGCGAGCACGACUUGCGGGCAGAGCCGGCCGAGCAGCCCUGCUCGGAGCCCAAGUCCAAGGGGAGGAGGAGGAAGAGGAGGUGCUGGCGGAGGGUCACGGAGGGCAAAUAG